AUGUGCUCCCGCGGAUCUUGCCACGACUACGAGUCCUCCUGCCACGGAUCCCGCUCCUCCUGCCACGGAUCCCGCUCCUCCUGCCACAGAUCCUGGUUCUCCUGCCACAGAUCCCGCUCCUCCUGCCACGAGCCCGAGCCCUCCUGCCGCUACAUCCAGAGGCAGCCGGUGCAGAAAUGCACCUACGUGAUGCCCUGCUGUCCCCCCGUGCAGCGCUACUGUCCCCCUGUCCCCUGCUGUCCCCCCGUGCAGCGCUACUGUCCCCCUGCCCCCUGCUGUCCCCAGGUCCCCUGCUGUCCCCAGGUGCCCUACUGCCCCCAGUACACCAAGAACAUCUGGAACCUUCCGCCGGCGUGCACCAAGUACUGA